AGAAUAGUUCCAGACUCCAUCCUCAGGCUUUGCAAGGGCACAGCUGUGCCAGCUCGCCCUGGCAGACUCCUGGCAGCAUGGCAGCAAAGCUCUGGACCUUCCUGCUGGGCUUUGGGCUCAGCUGGGUGUGGCCAGCUUCUUCCCACCGGAAGCUUCUGGUGUUGCUCUUGGAUGGUUUUCGCUCAGACUACAUCAGUGAGGAUGCCCUAGCAUCCUUGCCUGGCUUCAGAGAGAUUGUGAACAGAGGCGUCAAAGUGGAUUACUUGACUCCAGACUUCCCCAGCCUCUCCUAUCCCAAUUACUACACCCUCAUGACUGGCCGCCACUGUGAGGUCCACCAGAUGAUUGGCAACUACAUGUGGGAUCCCAGAACCAACAAGUCAUUUGACAUCGGGGUCAACCGAGACAGCCUGAUGCCCCUGUGGUGGAACGGGUCAGAACCACUGUGGAUCACUCUGAUGAAAGCCAGGAGGAAGGUCUACAUGUAUUACUGGCCCGGCUGUGAAGUUGAAAUUCUUGGUGUCAGACCAACUUACUGCCUAGAAUAUAAAACUGUCCCAACAGAUAUCAACUUUGCGAAUGCAGUUAGCGAUGCUCUCGACUCAUUAAAGAGUGGCCGAGCAGAUCUAGCAGCCAUAUACCACGAGCGCAUCGACGUAGAAGGUCACCACUACGGCCCCUCAUCACCUCAGAGAAAAGAUGCCCUCAGAGCUGUGGACACUGUCCUGAAGUAUAUGAUCCAGUGGAUUCAGGAUCGAGGCCUGCAGCAGGACCUAAACGUCAUCCUCUUCUCAGACCAUGGGAUGACUGACAUCUUCUGGAUGGAUCAAGUGAUUGAGCUGAGCAACUACAUCAGCCUGGACGACCUGCAGCAAGUGAAAGACCGAGGGCCGGUUGUGAGCCUGUGGCCAGUUCCUGGAAAACACUCUGAGAUAUAUCAGAAACUCCGCACAGUGGAACAUAUGACCGUGUAUGAGAAAGAAUCAAUACCCAACAGGUUCUAUUACAAGAAAGGAAAAUUUGUCUCUCCUUUGACCCUGGUGGCUGAUGAAGGGUGGUUCAUAGCAGAGAGUCGAGAGAUGCUUCCAUUUUGGAUGAACAGCACGGGCAAGCGUGAAGGCUGGCAGCGUGGAUGGCACGGAUAUGACAACGAACUCAUGGACAUGAGAGGCAUCUUCCUGGCCAUCGGACCUGAUUUCAAGUCCAACUUCAGAGCUGCUCCAAUCAGAUCCGUGGAUGUCUACAACAUCAUGUGCCAUGUCGCAGGCAUCACCCCACUGCCCAACAACGGGUCCUGGUCCAGGGUGGUAUGCAUGCUGAAGGGCCAGACCAGCUCUGCUCCAUCCACCCCACUGAACAGCUGUGCACUGGUCUUGAUUCUCCUCUUAUAUUUUGUAUAGCUGGCCCUAUGGCUCAUUCCAAAGCACUGCUGCAGUAAAGCCUGCCUCCAACAUGG